AUGUAUCCGGCGAACUUGUUCGCCGGUCCGUUUGGAUUCACCUGCUAUGAAAACGGCUCCUGUUUUCCGGUCGGUCUUCAGUUUCGGUCGAUUCCCGUCGCUGAUUUUGGAGUGGCGUAUGGGUGCUCCAAGACACUGUUGCCUGCCUACUCUGCUGUGAACAUCGUCAAAGACGCAGAAGCAUCGUCAUCGAAAUCUUCGUCGUUCUCCAUUGACAGCCUGCUGAACCAUCUCACAGCAAAACCGGUCGAAACAUACUCAUACGACAAUUUGCGUCCCCCCGCAAGCAUCCAGCUGACCGUACACGAUUCGGGAAACGCUCACGCUGACGACGCCACCAUUUCACGUUGCAUCACCUUGUACAGCUACCGUCAGGGUAAGCAGGUGUCUAUUUUCGUGUCGAACGUCGAUGGUCGUUCUUGA